UUCAGGCAAUUCUGAUCUUUGUCUUGUUUGCUCCAGGAGAAGACACCUUUCCAGGGAUCAUUGAUAUACAUGGAAUUGGAGGAGGUCUUUUUGAGCCCAGAGCAAGCCUGCUGGCCAAUCAUGGCUUUGCCACACUAGCCCUGGCUUAUUAUCAGUUUGAGGAUCUGCCCCAGAAACCAAAGGAACUCCACCUGGAAUAUUUUGAAGAGGCAAUAAACUAUAUGCUGCAGCACCCACAGGUGAAGGGUCCAGGGGUUGGCCUGCUCGGUUUCUCCAAAGGGGGUGAAAUGUGCCUUGCCAUGGCUGCCUUCCUGAAGAACAUCAUGGCUGUUGCUUCCCUCAAUGCCCCUGUUGCUAUUACAUGUAUUCCUCUGUGUUACAAGGAUAAAAUCAUCCCCACUUUGACCUUAUAUGAACACAAAGCCAAGGCCACCAAUUCCAAAUGUCUUGACUAUUCUGAUGUCCUUGAUGAUCCCUUUCAAGCCCCUGGCAACCAAAGCCUGAUCCCACUAGACAAAGCUGAGGCACAGUUCCUAUUUGUCCUGGGACAAGAUGACCAUGUUGUCAAAAGUGAGCAUUAUGCUACUGAAGUCUGCAAGCUUCUGCAGGCUCAAGGGAAAGAAAAUUUUCAGAUUCUCUCCUACCCUGGAACAGGGCAUUGCAUAGACCCUCCCUUUUUCCCUUUGUACCGCAUAGGAAGCCACCCUGUUUUUCACAAGCGGGCAGUCCUGGGUGGGGAGCUCAGGGCUUAUUCUAAAGCUCAGGUUCAUGCUUGGUCACAGAUCCAGGCUUUUUUCAAAAAGUAUUUAAUUGUUAACUAAUGUGCAAUAAAUAAUGUGCUAGCAAGGUCAAACCUUGUCACAGGUGUAUCAGUACAACUACUGUAUCUUCCAUGACUUUGGACAUCCAUAACACAGAAAAUAAAAGGGUUUGCCUUUUCUGUUCCUCCCUCAGCCUUUUUGCCCAAGUGCCAAGAAAAGGAAUGGUGGUUUUUGCAUUAGUCUCUGAUAAAACAUGUCAUGUGCAAAGUGCAGUUACGUUUCUUGGGUGGUUUCUGUUCCUUUAAUACCUGACAGUGCUUUACAUGUCACUGUGGUGUCUACAUGAAUGUGCUAGCCUCAGGUCAUACCAAGCUCCCAAAUGACAAAUUUGGAGCAGGGAUUUCACUGGUCUUGUGGUCAAUGUGUUAUUGCAAAUGGAAACAUCUCUGACCUCUGUGCUGCUGGAAAUGUAUAAGAACGGCCGCUCUAGACAGGAUGCUGGGCUGUCUCUGGGUAAGCCUUGUGAAAGGCUGUUUGCCUUUUGUGCCUUCUUUCCAUCUUCACUUGAAAAGAAGUGCUCUGGCUCAUGGAUAUUUCUGCGCCAAAGAUGUCAUGCAAAAAACUUUGUGUUGAAUUUACAGCCAUUUUAAUCUUCUCCCACAUCAUGUGGAACAUUUGAAUCUUUGUCACAGGGAUGAGAAUUGUAAUAAAGAGACUGAGAUUUGAAAGCUAUGGAGUCUCUUGCUGUGCUUUGGUUAGAAGCAGGGUUUGCAACUUUACUACUUUCUCAUCCCAGGUGAUGGCUUAACAAAGUUGCAGCAACUUGGGAUCAAAGGUUGCCCAGGUGGGAACAGGAGAACACAGAAAACAGACACAUAGCUCCCUUACCUUCACUCUCUCCCACAGCUUUUGUGUCACCAAGCAUGGAGAAGGAAUACUGCUGAAGCCUCCAAGACUCUUUUCCUCAGCAUCUGCUCCUGCAUAUGGUCAAGUCCAUGAUCAAAUCCAGUAGCGUAAGCCAUACAGUGUUGUUUUCAACAACAGGAGUAGUUGCCACACAUUCAGGACUAGACACCAGGCAACAUACUCAGACAGAACACCUC